AUGGCAACCCGUUCCCGGAGCACCGCUCGUCCCCCGUCCCCUCUCGAUCAGGGAGAGUUGGGACCCGCUCUUCCGGCAGCCGCCGAUGAGUCAAGAAGCCUCGAACCAGAGGUCUAUGGGGAAAUCUCCCUCAGCCGCGCAAUCUCCCUCCUCCUGGGAUUGCAAAACCAAGUCAUCCGGCUCGAACGGGAACUCAAGGAACUCAAGGAGGUCAACAAGGAAGCCCAAGAUUGGAUGGGAGCGGUUGACCAAACCCUCACUCGAAUCGAGGCUAUUGGGGGGCCCCAACCCCACACACCAGAAGACCGGAAACCCCCGGCAGUCGAGGCCACGCCCAGGCCCAUAUCCAAAACCAACCCUCUUCCAGCGCCUAGUGCGCCCCUCAUCGCCUGGGCCAACCCCACCAAGCCUCCCAUCACCUUUGCCCAACCAACUCCCGUCCGGGCUCCCCCGAGAGUCCCUACUCCCACUCCACCUGCGCCUAUCAGGCUCCACUCCCCCCUUGCCCCUCAACCAGCGGCUCCAGUAGUUGCUUACCAAGCCCCCGUCAAGGUAGACCACCCUGACGCUUAUACGGGGAAAAUUGGGAAUGAGUCCAGACAAUGGCUCACUAGGAUGAUGGCAUGGGUCCGCCUCAAUCAGCGGAUGUUCCCGACCAAUCAGGAGACUUUAUCAUUCCUCCUGAUGAAUAUGAAGGACACGGCAGGAGCCUGGGCACAUCCCCACCUCGACCAACUAGGGUCCCACAGGGCCAUCAUUCAAACGGUUGAGGAUUUUAGGAGGGAAUUCCUGGCCGCAUUUGGGAACCCGGACGCCACACGAGCCGCAGAGCGGCAGAUCGCAAACCUUACUCAGACAGGAACCUGUGCUGAGUACAUCACUAAGUUCAGGACCAUUGCCAUGGACCUGGACUGGAACGACGCCGCCCUUCGCGGGCAAUUCGCACGUGGCCUCCACUGGGAGGUCAGCCGUCUCAUUGCCACCCAAGAACGGCGCCCCACCACCCUCCUUGAGCUGCAGAACGCGGCUCUGGUCAUCGACAACGCCCUCCGUGAGGAGCGCGCCAGCCACCCGCCUAAGGGUAAUAAGCCUGGCACCUCCAAUACCAACCCCAAUAAGGGGGCGAGUACCGGCCAACAGGCCACUAGACCAGGCGCCUCUCCAGCGAUCCCAACUUUGUCUCCGAGGAGGAGCGUAACCGCCGCAGGGCUGAAGGCCUUUGCAUCAAAUGCGGUAAAGCGGGCCAUAAAUUUGCGGAAUGCCGCACUGGCUGGAAAGCCACGCCCAAGGAGGAAGGUGUCAAAAAGGAAGCCGCCAAAAUUGGCGAAGAAUCUGGACCCAAAUCGGGAAAAGAUUAAGGCCAUUGCCAAAGAGGAGGAAGCUGACAAGAACCCCCUUGAAGGAGUACCCUCCAAGUACCAUCAAUAUGCAAAGGUAUUUGGGGAAGAAGAAUUCAAUAAACUUCCCCCUCAUAGGCACUACGAUAUUGGCAUCAAACUUACAGAAGAGGGACCCCUGAACUCGCCCCUCUACAGCAUGACCGAUGCUGAAUCCGCCACACUUAAGGACUGGCUCAGGGACGAGCUCAAGGCUGGGAAGAUCCGCCCCAGUAAAUCAUCCAUCAGCUCCCCGGUUAUGUUUGUACCCAAAAAGGAUGGCUCCCGUCGACUCGUACUCCGUGGGGCCAAGGUCUUCACUAAGCUAGAUCUAAGAUGGGGUUACAACAACGUCCGUGUCAAAGAAGGCGACGAAUGGAAAACGGCCUUCCGUACCAAAUAUGGUCUAUACGAAUCCCUAGUUAUGACCUUUGGCUUAACUAAUGCUCCUGCGGCUUUCCAACACUUCAUGAACGAACUGUUCAAGGACUUAUUGGAUGUAUGCGUCAUCAUUUACCUUGAUGACAUCCUAAUCUACUCAAAGGAUGACGCAACCCAUACUCAGCACGUCCAUGAGGUCCUACGGCGUUUAAUGGAGAACCAAUUGUUCUGUAAGGCAUCCAAGUGUACAUUCCACGUCACAUCGGUGGAGUACUUAGGAAUAAUUGUAUCGGACAAGGGAUUCAGUCUGGAUAAGCUCAAAAUCCAGGCAGUCCAAGAUUGGCCCACGCCCACUAAAGUCAAGGAAGUACAAUCAUUCCUAGGCUUUGCCAACUUCCUACGCCGUUUUGUUGCCAAUUUCAGCCAUAUGGCACGACCCCUACACAACUUGGUAAAAAAGGACACACCCUGGAAAUGGGAAACCAAGGAGCAGGAAGCAUUUCAAGGAUUGAAAGAUGCCAUCACAAACGCCCCCGUGUUAUGCCAUGCCGACCCUACCAAACCUUACUUCCUUGAAACAGACGCAUCUGGUGCUGCCCUGGGCUCGAUACUUAGCCAACGCCAAGAGGAUGGACGCCUCCACCCGCUUGGUUUCCUAUCCAAAUCAUUCAAGGGAGCCGAGCAGAACUACGACACCCAUGAUAAGGAGCUUUUAGCUAUCAUCCGUUCCUUUGAGCAUUGGCGUAUUUUCCUGGAAGGAACCGUUCACCCUGUCACCGUAUUCACCGAUCACCGCAACCUGGAAUACUGGAAGGAGUCCCAAACAUUCAACCGUCGCCACGCAAGAUGGCACCUACUGUUAGCAGGGUAUAACUUCCAAAUUGUCUACCGUCCAGGAAAGCAAUCCGGGAAACCUGAUGCCUUAUCACAACGUGCUGAUCAUGCCGACAUUCCACCUGCCGCCCAGACCAUGCUCCCUAACCCCGUAUUUGCCAAUGUAGCCCUGGUAACCCCCGAGAAGGAAAUUCAACGCCAAAUUGAGGCUGCCCUGGACCAAGACGAAUCCCUGGAGGAAAUACUGCAAUUUCUCCAGAACGAAUCCAGGGCGCCCCCCUCCAUCAAACGGGCGUUCAAGGACUACGAAAUGGAAGCGGGCCUAUUGUUCUACCAGGGAAGGAUUGUAGUACCGGAUGUUGGGACCUUACGAACGGACCUCUUACGCAUCUACCAUGACAGCCCCUUGUCAGGACACCCAGGAAGGCAAAGAACCCUGGAGCUAAUCUCACGCGUCUACUACUGGCCGGGUAUCCGGGCCAACACUUAUUGGCAUGUAGAUUCCUGCGAAACCUGCCAGCGGAUACGGAAACCAAAGUACUCCUCAAUUCCACCUCAGCCCCUAGAACUCCCAUCACGCCCGUGGCAACAUGUGUCAUAUGAUAUGAUAGUGGAUCUGCCAAAAGACGGAAAUAGCAAUUCUAUCCUGGUUAUCGUGGAUAGCUUUACCAAAUACGUAAUCUUGGUAGAGUGUUCCAAAAAGCUGAAAGCUCCGGAGUUAGCAGACCUAUUCCUGCGCCACGUAUGGAAACGCUACGGCAUGCCUGAGAAGACAGUAUCAGACCGCGGACGAGUCUUCAAUAACAAGUUCCUGAAGGCCCUAUACCAACGCCUGGGAAUAGACCCCCACUUCUCUUUGGCUUAUCAUCCUCAAAGUGACGGACAGACAGAACGUGUGAAUCCCACUGUCGAGCACUUCUUACGGGCCUACUCAGGGGUAAACCAAAAAGACUGGGUCAAGUGGUUGCCAAUGGCAGAAUUUGCCUACAACAACGCGGUGCAUAGUUCAACAGGCAAAUCCCCCUUUAAGGCACUAUACGGAUGGGAACCCGCCUUAACCCCGAGUAACGUCCCAACGGACGUCCCUGAGGCAGACGAUCUAGCAACUCAGAUGGAAGCACAAUGGCGGGAAAUAGAAGCAGCACUCCGGCAAUCAAAGACACGCAUGGUGGCCGGAGAAGUGGGAGAACCCCUUGAGUUUGAGAUUGGAGAAGAAGCCUGGCUGGACGCCAAAAACGUGAAGCUAAAGACCCUGAGUCCCAAGCUAACGGAACAACGCCUAGGUCCCUUCAAGGUAACCGAAAGAAUCUCCGACAGAGCAUAUCGCCUGGAACUCCCGCCAACCAUGAGAAUCCACGAUGUCUUCUACGUGGGCCUACUGUCAAAGGUCAAAAGGGACAAAAAGCGCAACUUCGAGAACCGGCCUCCACCUGUAACCGUGGAUGGAGAAGAAGAAUACGAGGUCAAAGGGAUCACAGACAUGGAGGAAAGGAACGGGAAGUGGUUUUUUAGGGUUAAAUGGAAAGGCUACGGAUCAGAGGAGAAUACCUGGGAACCAAGGGAGAACCUCAAAAACGCCGAAAAAAUCCUAGAAAAAUUUGAAAGGGAAAUGAAAAAGAAGGCCCUUGGCGCUGCCAAGGCCCUUAGAGGGGGGGCAGUGUCGUAG